AUGUCCUCGAAGACUCGAUCGUCGAACCGCUUCAGGAAGAACAACACCAACAACGAUUCAGACGACGACGAUAAGAAGAACAAUGAGAGGACAGCGUUAAAGGAUGGUUUCGGGCAAAGAUCAUCGCGUGAAAGAACACAUCCUCAUCGUCAUCAUCAACAUCGCGCGAAGAAGAAGAUGAAGAAGAACAAGAGCGGAGAAAGAGUCGAAGAAGAAGAGGACAUCGAAGGCGAAAACAACGUUCUCGUCGUCCAACAAGAAGUCGCGGGGUUAAAGAAGAUUAAUAAGGAUGAUGCGUCGAAUUCGAUGACGGUUUUAGUGCGAAACCCGUUGUUCAAGAGAUGGACGAAAGAUUCGAUCGCGUUCGACGGGAGGACAUUUCGAGUGGCGAACGAGAGCAUGCGAAAAGAGAUCGACGAGAAAAAAGAGAAGAAGGAGAAAGAGGAAAUCCGCCCACUCGAAAAAGAAGAAGAAAAAGAGAGCCAAUCGAAAGGUGUCGCGAGGAGGAAAGAGAGGAACGGUGAGGAGGAGUCGCGCAUAAUCCCGUCGCACGAGCAACAAACGUUAUCGCCGCGAGAGCAAAAACGGUUCAAGCUUGAGGAACAACGAAAGGCGUACAACGCAUCGAUCAAUCGAGGCAGAAAAGGGAGGCCGAGGAAAGGCGAGAUGGAAAGAAACGGCGCGAUUUUGUGUAAAAUGUGCGAGAACGAGCAGAAGAAUGAAAAAGGGUCGAAGUUUCGCAAAUACUUCUGUUGCGACGCGUGCGUGCUGAGGACGUCGAGCACGUUCGUGCCGAGUAUCGGCGCUUCGGUUUUGUUCUGUCAGCAGUGCAGGAAACCGCACUUGAAGGAUGAGUUUGAGUACGGGAUGAAGAGUUGUCGAGAGAGUUUGAACGUGCAUCGGAUUGCGAGGUUGAAACGGGCGGGAAAGUACGAUUUGAGCGAAGGUCGGAGGACGUCGAACGGGGACGAAAAAGCGACGGCGGAACGCAGUAGUACCGCCGGGGAAAGAAGCGCGAGAGGAUGUGUCGCGACGACGAGGAAAAAGGAAGAAGGAGGAUCGUUCGUUUGUGAUAGUUCGAGAGAUGCGAGUGAAGAGUCUUUGGGGGAAGAUAUCAGGAAACAACAACAAAAUUUGGAUAAGGAGCACGUAAAAUCUAUCGGAAACGCCUUCAGAAACGAACGCGAUCAAUAUACACAAGAAAUUGGUAAAUAUGGUCUCGAACAAGCUGCGUUUGAUAAAGCGCUCGUUGGAGGUUCGACGUAUAAUCCGGUGGCAAAAUUGGUCAUCCCGGAUAUUUCUCCAGACAUCUUCUCCGUAUUUCCUCCGGCACUGACAAAAAGUGAUCGCUUGGUAUUCCAUGCCAUGCGUAAAACGGCCUACGAAGCCGAAAUGGAAGUGAGACGUUCGUGGGAGCUGAAUCAAGCCUCGGAAGAUGGGGUGCACGUCAAAGUGCAAAACGCGUCGCCGCCAGAUUUACAUCCGGAUCUCGUGCAUUUUGUUCGCGACGCUUUACGCAUGGAACCGCUCGCCAUCGGCGACGGCGGCGAAGAAGCAGCGCAGUCGCCGAGAGCAAGAACUACCGAUGGAAAAGAUUUUCCGCACGAUAAUAACAGCAAUGAUUUAUUGGGAACAGUCAGACCUGGUUGCGUUUCUUUUUCCUUCUGGGUAAGCGACCCUCAAGUUCUUGAAACCGAAUUUGCUCAGUCGAUAUUUCACUCCGGAGACAACUCUCUUUUCAAUCGGCUGCGCGCAGCCUUCGUCAAGGGCGUCCGGAAUAGCGUUCAAGACGAAAAAACGAAAGCGACGGUCGUCGUUGAACGCGGAAGAAAUUCAGUCUCUGUACGACAUCGAAACAUUGAGAUAAUGACGAAAGUUGAAAAAAUGAUCGGAGAUGCUACAAAACCACAAGUAUUCCACGUGAGCGCGCGCUCGGUUUUGUCGGGUUACGUCGCAUCUAUUGCUAUCAUCGGCGCGAACUUAUUGGGCGAAAAUUCCUAUUUGAACAUUAAGUUUAACGAUGAAGUCCAAGAAGUGUGCUUGGAUCCGGAGGUGAACACGACGUUGGAAUAUUCGAUUUUGGAGCGAGACCAGCACAUGAACGUGACACCGGUGAUGAUUCGAACGUACGUUCGCUUCAAUAAGUCAGCGUUUUCAUCUCGCAACAAGAAAAAUACAAGCAAUGGUGGCGUAGACACCGCACUUCUCUCGUCCGUUGCCUCGCUCUUCCAAGCGUCGUCGAGUAAGGUGAAAUUAGCCACGCUCCAAAUCGUUCGAGAUUGCAACGCUUCCGAAGCGGAACCGAUCGUUGUAACAACUUCAAAGCGCAUUCAUCGAGAGAUUCAUGCAAAUUUUUGCAGUCGGGAAGAUCCGCAAGUGAUGGGCACAAUCACGCGACGAGCAUUCCUCUCGUGCGCGAAGAACUGCGAAGACGAACGCGUCGCCACCGGCGUAGUGACGAAGUGCACGAUCGACGCCAUGGACGCGUUGAACUUGCGCGCUUUGGCGAAUGAGCUUCGGCGGCUCGACAGAGAGCGUUUCUACGUCUCUAUACAAAAAGCGUUAGCGAACGUAUGCGACCCGUACGCCGAAAUUUUACUUUCGGGCUUUCUAUUCGCCUCGGCACAUAAGUUUUACCGAAAAGUUAGAAAAAUUGCGAGUCCGGAAGCCUGCGCCAAGUUAAGGAAAAAGCUGUUCCUCUCGCACGCACCGAACAUCUUCUUUGUCGCGAUUAUGUUUCUCAUGUACUAUUCUAGCGUCACGAGGACGUCGUUAUACUCGAAAAUGCGUGAGCGCUUUUUAUUGGCGAUGCGCAUCCACGCAAUGUUCUAUGGCUGGUUCUCGAUUCACGCCGCCACAUCGGUGGUUUUCGAAAGUGCCAACGCAACAGUAGAUUCGGACACGAAACAUUUAAAACUUGUUGAAAACUUCCGUUGUCCGCAGUUAGAACGCUUCUCUGGAUUCAUCGUCGUCGUCGUCACGGCUGCAAUCAUUAGCUUGAUGCACAGCGCGCGACCGACGUGGGACGUCACCGUGAAAAUUUUACACACCGCCUUACAAGUCGCCACCGCGGUGUGCUGGCAAUGCACCACGGGCGAAACGAUCGUGAUGAUCGUAUUGGUCGUCUCCAUCCAGGGCAUACUUACCGUUCCCAUGUUUUGGACGCAAAAACGCGCUUGGAAAGGCGUAUGGAUGGCGCAUCCGUAUCAAAUACGCACGCAGAAAGCGAGAGAGGUGUUCUCCGUCGGCGGUUUGGCCAACGACGCCACCGGCGAAAAAAAGAACGCAGCAGUGACUCGUAAUACUAAGAAAGCGGAUUAA